AUGGAGUUCAGGCCUCUGCUGCUGCUUGUGAGCCUGCUGUGUCUGUCUGCGCCCUCUCCUCAGGGCUGUGGGCGGCGGCCCCUGCUCGGCCCCCCGGGGACGUCCCGGGUCGUGGGCGGGUGGGAGGCCCCCGAGGGGGCGUGGCCCUGGCAGGUCAGCAUCCGGCGGGGGUCCAGGCAUCACUGCGGCGGCUCCAUCCUCAGCAGCCUGAAGGUGCUGACCGCCGCUCACUGCUUCUACAAGUACAUCAGGAGUUAUUUCCGUGUGGUGGCAGGACUCCACGAUCGAUCGGCCCCGGGGCCCCACGCCCAGAUCCGCUCCAUCAACAGAGUUCACAUCCACAGGAACUACAACAACGCCACCCUGGACAGCGACGUGACGCUGCUGCUGCUUGCCUCGCCGCUCAACUUCACGGACUACGUCCAGCCGGUCUGCGUCCCGCACAACGAGUCCCACGAGGCCGCGCUCAACUUCAGCUCCUGCUACGUCACCGGGUGGGGCAGCGCUCAGUUCAAAGGCGGUCUGAUGAAGGGGCUGCAGGUCGCUGAGGUGGAGCUCAUCGACCGGACCACCUGUAACCGGGCCUCCUGGCUCAGAGGCGUCGUCUCCCAGAACAUGAUCUGCGCCGGCCUGGAGAGCGGAGCGGCCGACACCUGCCAGGGCGACAGCGGGGGUCCGCUGCAGUGCUACAGCCAGAGCCAGGAGAGCUUCUACGUGGUCGGGGUGACCAGCUUCGGGGAGAAGUGCGGCCUCCCCCGCAGGCCGGGCGUGUACGCUCGGACCAGCCGCUUCGCCGCCUGGCUGGAGGGCACUCUGGCCAACGCUGCGUCUGCUGCGCACACGCCGGACACGAGAGUGGUCUGGGCUCUGCUGAGCGCCGCUCUGAGGCGCCUCUGGUGA